AUAAACACUUUACAUUAUAGAGGUUUAAAGGUAGAAGAGUUAGAUGAACAUAUUAAUAAAUUACAUGAAUAUAAUGAAAUGAAAGAUAUUGGUCAAAUGAUCCUUGGCAGAAUUGCUACUCUAAAGGGUGUAAGAAGCCAAGAUUUAUAUAAUGAAUAUUCUCUGAAUUUAGAAGAUUGA